AUGCCCAUCAUCAGCAACACCAACCAUGAUUUUAGCAACCUGUCUGUCAGUGAUGACAGUAGCUUGGACCGCAUCUUCACUGAGAUCCCUGAAACAGAGACAAUCAAAGGUGUGUAUUACCAGCGUGCACGCCUUUUGCGUCGGCCUGAGGACCUGCUAUCAGUGGAUCAUGCACUACAGGCACUCAUCAAUGUAGGGGGAAACCGCUACACGCUGCCAUGGAGCACGUUGGAGCAGUUCCCAAUGACGCGCCUGGGCAGGCUGCGCUCAUGCAGCAGCCCUGAGGAGAUCGCUGGCGUGUGUGACGACUAUGACGAGGCACGCCACGAGUUCUUCUUUGACCGCAGCCCCAGCGCCUUCCGUGUCAUCUUAAAUUUCCUAGCAGCAGGUAAGCUGCGGAUGUUACGUGAGACAUGUGCACUCUCACUGCAUGAUGAGCUGACCUACUGGGGAAUAGAGACAGCGUGCAUGGAGCGCUGCUGCAAGCGCAAAAUGUACAUGCGUCUCGAGGAAGUUGCCGAACAUGAGCGCCGCAAGCAGGACGAGUUCAGGAAGCACAGUUCUCAGCAGCGCCUUCCACAGGAUGACACAUGCUACCACAGGUUUAUGAGCCACCUCAGGGACAUGGUGGAGAACCCACAGUCAGGUCUGCCGGGGAAGUUGUUUGCCUGUUUCUCAGUCCUGAUGGUGGCCGUCACUGUCGUCAGCCUGUGCAUCAGCACCAUGCCUGACCUGCGGGAGGAGGAGAACAGGGGUGACUGCACUCAGAAAUGCUACUACAUGUUCAUCGUGGAGACCGUGUGCGUGGCGUGGUUUUCGCUGGAGUUUGUGUUACGCUUCCUGCAGGCACGCAGCAAGCUGGAGUUCCUACGUGGACCGCUCAAUAUUAUCGAUGCCAUGGCCAUCUUGCCCUACUAUGUGUCUCUGGCUGUGGAUGACAAAAAUGAAGAGGUGGGGUUAGAUCAAGAACGCUCAUCCACAGGCAAGGGAUACCUGGAUAAGCUGGGCUUGGUGCUGCGAAUCCUGCGAGCACUGCGCAUCUUAUACGUCAUGCGGCUAGCGCGGCACUCACUGGGCCUGCAGACUCUGGGACUGACAGUGCGCCGAAGCACACGUGAGUUUGGCCUUCUGCUUCUUUUCUUAUGUGUAGCCGUGACACUCUUCUCACCACUUGUGCACCUGGCUGAGAGUGAACUAAGCGGCGAGCAGGACUUCAGCAGCAUCCCUGCCUCCUACUGGUGGGCCAUUAUCUCCAUGACGACAGUGGGCUAUGGUGACAUGGUGCCACGGAGCAUACCUGGUCAGGUGGUGGCACUCAGCAGCAUCCUGAGUGGCAUUCUUAUCAUGGCUUUCCCUGCCACCUCCAUCUUCCAUAUGUUCUCCCGCUCCUACCAGGAGCUCAAACACGAGCAUCAGCGCAUCAUGAAGGAGGAGUGCGCUAUAGCCGCAGCUUCGGCUGUGGACAGACUCGGAGAGGAGCCAGAAAGAAGUGGGGAUCAUCCUCCACCUAUACUGGCUCUACAUCCAGAUUCUGAAAAGACUGGAUCCACUGAUGGUGUGUCUCUAUUAGCAAACAGUGGAGAUUCAUCAGGGAAUAACAGACAUCCGUUACCGGUAGGACCUUUGUAG